GAAAUAUGUACGGAGCACGUUCCGAGAAGGAGAUCCUUUACGGAAAAAUCCUCAGCUUCGAGCUACUGCCGACGCCGCUAUGAUACCAAAACUACAGGAAAUUUGAGUUUAUGAUGAUAUACAGUCCAAGAGAUCUUCGCAAUUUCGAUUAAUACGAAUCUGAAUAGGAAAUUGACGAUAAUGCCCAAGCGCUUACUUUCGCGAAGGCCUAACGAGUCAAAUGCCGCCCAGGGAACAGAGUGUGAAGUAUUCGUCAUCGAUGAGCGACCUAUUGAGAAAAAGCUGUUGAAGUUCACUUUCCAAAAUGAGCAAGAUAUUAGUCUCAAGGAUGUUGUGGAGAUGAUCUGUGAAAAACUUAAAAUAUUGCCUGUUCAUAGUGCAUUGUUUGGAAUAUCCUAUGAUCAAUUUGGUGGCAAACACUAUUUGCCCUAUUCUACAAAAGUUGACAAAGAUUUUUUUUCAAAGAAGAAGCCUGUGUAUUUCAGACUGCAGUUCAAAAUUGUGGAUUGUGGAACAUUUAAAAAUGACCCUAAUGCGUUCAAUUAUUACAUUUUACAGUGUCGGCAUGAUUUUGUUCAUGGUCAGUUCAAGGAGAACCUUUUUCAGAUGCCAAGUGAACCAAGGAAACAGGAAAUGUUGUUGAGAAUGCUGAUUCUUGAAAUGCUUCUUGUGUCAAAAGAUGAAAACAUGGCAAGGAAGGAUAGCACAAGUCAUUUACAUCAAAUAUUUAAACGACGACACCCUUUCAGCAUUGAAGAUGUACUUACAAAAUAUAUUGAUGACAGAAGUAAAAACAGGAGCGAGGAAGUAAAAAAGUGUAAAAAGAUUAUUGAAAAAAGCUUGCAGAUGUUCAAUAGUGUUGAAAAGCCUGAAAUGGAUUUUGUUCGGGAAGUUAGUUUUCUUCCUGAAUAUUCUCGAGAGGUCUUUGAAAAUCUUGUCAAGGUAUAUGGCGUUAAAGAAGCUACAGUUCUUGAUAACGUUUGGAUAUCAGUCCAUCCUGCUGAAGGCAUUUCCAGAAUAAGAUCAAUGGAUGGUCGAUUUCAGAGGGUUGAGGAAAAGACCCCCUUUAGCAAAAUCUCACAUUUAGUGAUUAAGGAAAACACCACGAACCCCCAUGCUCCAAAGUAUCAGCUUUUUGUGGGUAAAAAGGAGAAUCAGCAACCAGAGGUUUUUUCAACCGAUUCCUUGGAGGAUCUCCAGUGCAUAUGUUCCUGGGUCGAUGGAUACUAUAGACUGCUAGUCGACCAGUAUACCUGCCUCUUAGAGGAUCGGGAAAUAUCCACCAAAGUGCAUGGACCGAUAGACCGAAAUUCUGCUGUCCAGCUACUGGAAUCUAUAAAAUGCAACGAAGGAGAUUACAUAGUUCGCCAACAUCGUAAUCAGUCUAAGUCCUUUGUUAUAACGGUGCGCAGGCAAGACACAUUCGAGCAUAAUGAAUUUUCCAAGAAUAACGACAUGCCAAUUGAGGAAUUUUUAAAAACACUGCGCCUGCAACCUGGCUAUCUUAAAAGGCUGAUCAAGCCGUCUAUGACAGGCCCUGUCCCUUUUAUGAGCGAACUUUUGAAGACAAUGCCUACCUUGAAAAAAGCUGUUUCUGCUCAAAAAGUAGAAGUCCAAAUGCUACACUUAAAGUCAGUUAUCAAGCAAAAUGAAUUACCCAAGGGACGUUUUGGGACAGUCUGGCAUUGUAAGCAACGCAAAGAUGCAGGCUUGACGUUGGCAGCAAUUCGGUUUUUUCAAGACGAUGAAAUAACGCAACAGACUUUCGAAAAAAUCUGCAGAUUAUACAUGCAAAUUUCAAGUCGGGUUAUUGUGAGAAUUACAGGACGCUCCGAGCUUACUGACAACCCAAGAUUUCUGGCCUUUGAGUACAUGAAUGGGGGACCGUUAAGCAAGUACCUUGCAGAAAACAGGAACACCAUUCGCUACAGGAACCUAUUGAAAUACUUUAGUGACAUUGCAGAGGGAAUGAUGUAUCUUGAAGUGGACCUGAACCUCAUGCAUGGAAACUUAAGCUGUCACAACGUUCUCAUGCUUGAAAAUGGUGAUGUCAAAAUAUCGGAUUGUUGCUUUGAUGUGAUAUUGCAACAGGAAGGCGCUUUAAAUUUAGAUAACAUUGAUUCAAGUUGUAACUGGAGAGCACCCGAGGUACUUAAUGGUGAACCAAUAACGCACCACUCCGAUGCUUGGUCUUUUGGUAUGACUUUGUGGCAAAUGAUGGCAUUAUCUAUUCCCUUUGGACCUUAUACCAAAAACGAGCUUUUGGAAAUUUUGAAUAAAGGUAUUCGUCCGCCGCUUGAAAGUUUGCCAUAUUGCCAUGCGGAAAUAAAAGAAAUUUUGAUGUCUUCCUGGAGUCUCAACCCUGCGGAGCGCAAUAAUUUCAAACGUAUUUGCGAUCGUCUUGAGCGGUACAGAAGAGGCGGGGGAGCCCUUUCAGCCGAUAAGGAUUCACCAGUUCCAACCUUCUUGAUGAAUCGUCACUACUAUAACUGGCGACAGGAGGAGGCAGCGGAAAAGAAAAUGGAGGAACAAAGGAGAGAGCAUGUGAAUAGGCAAAUUAAAAAUGCCUUUGCUUUUAGCUCGGGAUCUUCUGAAUCUGUUAAUACUGGCAGCUCAAGUUCUGGAAGCGGUAGCUUUGUUUUGAGUCGUUCAGGAGGCAGUAGCUGCGAGGUAGGAUCAGUUUCGUCACGUGACUCGGAGGAAGCUGUCAGGCUACUCAAUACAAGGCAGCAAAGUCUCGAAAGCCAAGUUUCUGUCUCUACUGCUGGUGAGAAGGAUGUCGAGAUGCAAAGCCUUUCAAAUGUAGACUUAGAGAGUCCUGCUUCGUCUUCUAGUAUAGAGGCGGGCAAUGAUGGUUUGCGUCAAGGCAACCUUCGCCGAAGCAAGAAAAGACUCAUAAAAGAUGGCGAGGAUACAAUGCAAAUGGAAGUUAAUGACUUGGACGAGCCCAGUCUAUUGUCCAAGAGCAAGUCACGAAGAUUAUCUUCUGGUUCAUCGGGUAAGGAUGAAAAGGCAGGUAGCAAUGAAGAAUGCGAUUCAGGAUUAUCAGAAACUUGCUCAAAAGAAAGGGAAAUCAGUAUAGCAAUGAAACCAAGCCAUGAAUCAGAUAUGAUCGAAUCUGCCCCAGCCGUGAAGAAAUCGGACCAGGCGGAUCAAACUGUUUUGGAAAUCGCCAAUGUUCUAGCAUCUAUGGCCCAGAACCGUGAAGCUGACAAAAAAAAGGUGACAUCCGAUGAUUACAUUACUAUGCGGGAUGCUCAGGGCCCGUUAAAUUCAAUAUUUCCCGCAAGCACUAAACAGCAAGGUAUUCAUUUCUUUCAAAAUUGGCAAGAUUCUUCUGUUGAGCAGCCAGGGGGGAACUUUGUUAAACGAGAACAACUGGAAUCUGGGUAUGAUAGUGGCUCCUCGUAUACUGCCACGAAUAUUGGCAAAAUUACUCAUGGUGCAAAAAGUGUUUCGAAAAGACAGCAAAAAAAUGGUAUUCCAAACCAAGGCUUUUCUCAAGACUCGCAAAUGAUUAUAAUAGAGCCAGAUAUUACUGAAAGAAAGAAAAGAUCUAAUUCAUUGUCACAAGAGAUCACUAACAUGCAAAAGAAAGCCGCAAGGCGUGCUUUAGACAGACCAAAUCCUUUCAAUUUAGGUGCAACAAUUCCCAAAAACUUUUUAUUGCCCUCUAAAGAUCCUAUUCAAGUUCGCACUCAAACCCAGCAGCCUAGAGAAAUGUCAAAAUUUUUUAAUGAAAUUCCUCAGACGUUCUCAACAGUUAUGCAAGAUAACCAUGCUGUACAGCAACCACAGCAGCUCGAAGAAUCGUUUUACAAAACGGAUACAGAUAUAAGAAAUUUAGAAGAAAAACUUGGUGGUUUGAAAGCCUCGAGCCCAGCGUCUGCAAACUGCUCUCUGAUGGAUGAUUCUAAUUCAAAGCUCCAUCCUGCUCAAUCUCUUGCUUACGUUGUUUCUCCAAACCAACCCCUCAUCAAUCAAGCCACUACAGAUCAAUCGGCAAUUCAGGCAACCAUCAACGCCUAUUUGGCAAAUUUAGGCCAAUCCCUCGUUGCCGGAAACUCGGUUCUUCUGCCGCAGAUCACUCUAAACACGCCCACAGGCCAAUCGGCUGCUAAUUCCGCCCAAAUUCUCCAGCUUUUGCAGGCGCAACAAAAAGCUGGACAAACUAAUCAGACAAGUACGCAAGAGGAGCUUAUUCAAAAUAAAACUUCCAUUGAUCCUUCAGUGCAUUUUUCAACUGCAAAUUGCUUGCAAACUCUGUUAGCAAUUGUAGCUUCCAAAGGAAUCAUUAGCUCCGCAACAGCUACUCAUCAGCAGCAGAAAAUCGCCCCAACUUCAUCAAUGAUACAGCAGCCCCAACAGACGACUCGAAUAAUUGCUGCAACUACGGCCCAACUGAUGUCUCCAGCCAUCCAUCCCCUUGCUGUCAAAGGACAAGAUCAAAUGAAAAAGGUGAUAGAUAUCAAGCCAAAGCCAGCAGCCACAUCAUCUGAUGCAGUCAAAAGUGACUCUGACGUCAUCAUGGUCCCGGUUUCAGUCAAAGGUUCUGUUGACCAGACCAAUAAACUCUCAACUGCAAACUCGAUCGGUAUACUGCACCCGUUUGAUAACAGCAGAUCACUGCCAGUCAGCCAGAGACCUUUGUCAGUUGUAGCAAUGCAACAUACACGGCCCACUCUGACGGACGCCAAAUUGCCAAUGACAAGGCCUCUGCUUGUAAAAGCAAAUGCUGGCGCCCAGUCAGUUCGUACGCAACACUUGAUAUUACCGAAAAACCUUCCAGAAAAAUUAGGAAAGAUUGAGCAAGCAAAAGAGGUUAAGCUUGCCCCAAAACCAGUUACUUUGGCACCGAGAAUUAUUAAAGCUGAGCCUGUUUCUCCCCAGGAAAUAAGACCAAAGCCUGUUUUUAUGCAAGGAUAUAAAACAAUGGGGACGAUAGCAAGUCAAAGCAACAGAAGUGCUUCUACUGAACAACGGCCUUUGUCAAUGGAUAUAGUUCGUAGUUUGUCAGACAAAGUGGUCCUGGUGCAAAAUAGAAAGAAGUCAGUGGACAAAGCCAAUGGUGAAGAGCAGCAAAGAAAGUUGAUAGCACAGCUUGGUGAUUUAAAGGUAUUCCGGAAAGAGGACCUGACAUUUCAAAGAAAGUUAGGGGAGGGACAAUUUGGUGAAGUUUGGCAAGCAAUGCUAAGAUAUCAAAGUACAAAUCGCGGAGAAGUAAAAGAGGGCCCGGUUGCUGUCAAGAAAUUGAAAACGGAUAAAGACAGACGUUUGCAAGUGAUCGAAGAGUUCAGGAAUGAAGUAAAGCAAAUGGCAUCCCUGGAACAUGAAUUUAUUGUCAGGCUAAUAGGUGUCUCAAUAGAUCCUACAGAUGAAAUCAAUGACCCAUGGAUUAUCACAGAGUGGAUGCCUCAAGGAAACUUGGAGCAUUUCAUCGUAACUCAACGCCAAACACUGGUGGAGAGUAUACUGCUUAAUUUUGCUGUCCAAAUAGCGGAAGGGAUGGAGUUUCUUCAAUCACGUCGUAUUGUACACCGAGACUUGGCAACACGAAACGUUUUGGUUGAAAGCAGGGAUCGCGUAAAAGUAUGCGACUUUGGGCUGAGUCGAAUGUUUGGUGAAAAAGAUUAUUAUCGAGCAAGCCAACACCGUGGCCUUAUUCCUAUAAGAUGGUAUGCACCAGAAAGUAUUUCAGAGCAGAAAUUUACCGCUGAAAGUGACGUUUGGAGUUUUGGCGUCACUCUUUGGGAGAUGUUUGAGCUUUUGGGUUCUGAUGGCAAACAUGCAGCACCAUAUACACAUAUAGAUCAUCGACAAAUUUUAGAUUUCCUGGAAAAGGGUGGCAGACUGAAUAAGCCACGGUUAUGUAGAGGGGAUCUAUGGAACCUUGUUCUCGGUUGCUGGGCGUAUAAUCCAGAUGAACGAUAUUCGUUUUAUAGACUGUCUUAUGAAAUACGCAACCUGAUACCAACAUAUUCGUCAGAAAAAAUGCGACGCUGAUUGCAUGUACCGGAACGAAUCUUGUACAACCAAGGAAUAUGUAUCCUUGAACGUUUUGAGGCUGAACUGGCAAUGACGAGGUUUGAUGUCUCCAUCUUAGAAUUCUUGCAACAUAAAAGAGGCAGCUAAAGAAGUUAACUGAAGAUGAAGGAGACAUUACUACUUUAUGUAGCGAAUUUGUUUAAGAUUUAACGUAGCCAUCUAUGCUUCGCGUAACAACAUUUUUAUUUGGCUUAAUGUAAACAUACAAUGAUGGCUACUAUAGACUGUGGAAAAUGAACAGAGUCCAGAAAAGUGUUUAUCCUUCCUAAAGCCAAAGCUUUAAAACCUUCCUUAAAAACAACUUACGGUCGUGAUGCAGUAACUGAAUUUCGUUUUAAGUCCUUUUUACAUUAUUGAGACUGGCUGCCAUCUCCUUUUCUUGACUCUGCAAUAGGGGUUGAUUGUGUAGUUUUUGUUGUUUCGUCUAUAAUAUAGUAUCUAGAUGGUGGUUUGUGAAGUUUUUUUCGUCGGUGAUAUUUUUAAAUAGGGUAUAGCUUUCCUCAUGACUUCCAGUUGAUCUAUAGAGGCUUGGAAUGAAUGGUUUGGACGAACCAUCUAGCAGACAGUUUUUUGCACCCCAUAGCCGUCCCAUGUCUUUAAGUUGUAUUUGUUUUAGCUUAUCGAUUUUUGUUCAAUUGCCUAUCUUAUUCAAAGAAAAAGUUAAGUUUCCACAGUCCGUGAAAUGGCUGUUACAAAGGCGGUGACAGUUUGCGAGGAAAGUAAAGCCAACCCUCCAUUGCUGUUUGGAGGGAGACAGAGGUCUCUUAAAGAAAAAAACGUUUGAAAAUUUCUCAUAGCUCUCUUGUUACUUGCCAGAUAACCAAACUGCAAUUAAGGGAAAGGGAGAUACUAGAGCGGUCAACGGCAGUUCAUAUUCACAUCCCAGAUAUUUGUAACCGCUAAAGGAGCCAUUUUUAUUGCGAAAAUAGAGAAAACUUUAUUCACAUUUUUCGCUUGGUGGUUAGCUAGCCAGUUCCUUUAUUUUUCAGUAAACAUAAAUCUCAAGAAAGGCAUGUCUGCGUGUUGAGAGGAGGGAAUCUUUUUUUCAACUGGAAAUCAUCUUUCGUUGUUAGUUAUUCCGUAUUUUUCUUAUUGUUAUAACUUUUGUACCUGAAAAACGAAAACACCGUAGCUUUGAUUUAAGGUUGAAUGUGCGUAUAGAACUAACGAAAAAGAGAAUGUAA